UCGACGGAGGCGCGAGGGCGUACGCGCGACGGAGGAAACGCAGAGACUACUAGAUAGACAACGGUGAAACAAGUGCCGCGCCGAGGGAAAAUAGGGAAAAUAUGCGAGCCGACCGGGAGGAGGCAACGAUAGACCAUCGUACCUCGUAGAAGAGCUAGAGAGGUGGGAGAGACCGACGUACGUGUGCGGUCAGAGGUGGUGCACGAUACCGCGUGUAGGCGGGGAGAUCGUCGGCGGAGGUGUGGAAGAGAGCUGGCCCCUCAAGUUACCGCGCCGCGCACGAGCCGCGAUUACCGCGCAGUGUGCAAAUCCGCUCCGUUCCGUUCCGCUCCGAUUAUCGUCCGGGUGGAGAGACCUGAGACCACGUCGCGAGUGCGAUGCAGUGGUAGUAACCCUGACCUGACCCCCCCGCAUACGACACACGUUACGUUCCUUUCGGGCGCGGGCUCGCCGCGCGCUCCGCGUAGUCUGCGUAUCGUCACAUUCGUCACAGUGUCCACGCGAGGCUCACGGUGUGCGCGCGCGUGUGCAAUAAACCACAUCGACGAGCUCCGUCCGUGCUGAGCGUCAGCGUACCUCACGUAUGUAAAACGGAGCUUAUCGGUGAUCGAUCGAUCGCGCGCGUGCGACAGACGAUUCGCCGCGACGCGGAUACGCGGAAUACGUGGGAUACGCGGAACAAUCGGCGGCGAUCGGCAACAGCGAUACAUCGUCGAGGGAGUAGCGCACGACGAUUGUCAGUUCCGCGAGUGCGAAUCCUAUCUCGAAUCGUCCUCGAAAUCAGCCACUUUCCUUCACUCGCCCGCGCCGCCCCACCGCGCCACCCGGGGGAAAACUGCGAGUCGAGUGUGACAACCGCGAAGUCGCUGGCGAUCGCCACGCGAAGGACGUGAAUCGGUUUCGCUUCGUGGGGCCGUGAAACGGGGUGGUGAAACGUAUCGCGUAUACACUAUAUACACGUUCUUCCCUCCCGCCCUCUUCCCUCCCGUCCUCUAACGCCUCCGCCUCCGCCUCCACCUCCGCGAUACGAUCCGCGGAGCGACCUCGUAUCCGUAGUCGCGUGUGUGUGAUAGUGGCAAGCAAAAGGUCGCGCGCGCUGCGCUGCGUAUUUGGGAGGAUUCCAAGUGGUCCAGCAGUGUGUAUCCCCGCCGAGUGGAUCGAAAUUAUGUUCGCCAGGGGAUAGCCCGCGAACGAAACGCGCACACGACAAACGAGAGUGGUAUUCGGGGCGAGCGAGCGAUCGAACGCGGGGGAGGCAAGAGGAAGCUAGGAAGGAGGCAGUUUCGAACGAGCAGCGCUUCGCGUAGAAGCGUCGCGACGACAAUGACAACGCGCGUCACCGAGUGAGCUUGGCUCCCCGACAACCAAGAGGAUGCCACGGAGACAGGGUCGCUGCCGAAUCGUACCGGGGCGACACGGCAUCAGUGAGAUCUAGAGAAACGUUUCCUGAGGAGCGAGUGGAGCAAUCGGAGGACGAGGAAGAAACGAAAACGAGAUUAUAUACAUGCCUUAAGUCCGAAAAAAAUAGAUCGAAGCAUGGUAUAGAAGGUGAGAAAUCAAGAAAGAGUAAAAGUUAAAGAAAGAAAGAGAGAACAGCGGAAGCAAAGAGCGAAAGACAGAACGAGGAAGUUGUCAACGUGAUAAGGAGGAUCACAGUCUUUCGGUUUCCGAAGCUCCUCUCCGUGGGUGUUUUUACGCGUGCGGCCGUGGAUCGAUAGUUUGUCUCGCACGCUCGUGUCGAACAGGAGUUGUGAGUUACGACGGCGAAUUACGUGGAGGACGCGAUCGCGAGCGGUCCUCUUUCGUUCGACAACAACGACACCCUCGAGCCGCGAAUAAACGAGGCCCGUGGGAAACGAGAAGCAAGUUUCCAAAGGGGCCUAGCUGGUGAGUGCUGGUUAUCGCGACAGUCAUCAACGUUGCAAAAACGCUCGGCGAUUGCAAGCUCCGCGGUGAUUUAUGGGGGAUUACGGCACAACGAGCCUCUUCUCGAGUACCCUGACCAGCCCGAAACCUAGUACGACAAGCAACAUCAGCAGCGCCGCCGUCACCAUAACGACAUCCACGAUGCAGGACGAUCUACUGAUCGAAAAACAAACUACCGGCAAGCCCGCUCCGCUCUCACCGAGUGGUGGUCUCGACACCGUGGCUGGACAGGACAAAUCGAAGGACGUAAUCGAGGCGGAGAACAUCGCCAUUACCCCGACGACGCCCUCGUCGACAGAGAAAGACAUCACAUGCAGCACGACAUCAGCUUUGCAGGGCUUCGCUGAUCCCGGUGGCCGUGUACCCAGCCUCUGGUCCGCACCCGAUGACGGCGGUCUGCACACCGCGUUACCAGUCAAUGGUUCGAUCGCUGCCUUUCAGAAUUUCCCAGCCGGUGGACCUGCGGGUCUUUUCACCAGCACCGGUGCCGCCGCCGUUUCGACCGGCACACGACGUGCCAUUACGGCUAGUCACAAUUUUCCGCAGCAGCAACAACAGCACGGUAACGCGGGUGCGCCCACCGGCACUAGACACGGCGGUCUGCAGGUGUCGUCCGCGCAGCAGCAGCAACAGCAACAGCAGCAACAACAACAACAACAGCAGCAUCAACAGCAGCAGCAACAACCUCCACCGACGUCACACCCAAGCGUCUAUCUGCCUGGCAAGGGAUACGCCGCGUGGUCAGGCGGACCGCAGGCUCCGCAACAAUGGGGUGCGGGCCCGCAAGCGGCUGCCGCAGUCGCCAGUCCGGGCCUUUCUCCGUGGAACCGCGGUAGAUCAGUACCUAAUAUACCACCGCUGCACUCGUCUUUACACGCCGCCGCAGCGGUUGCGGCCGCAGCCGGACUGCAGGGUCGCAAGCCGAGUCCGACGUUCCCGGGCCAUCCAGGUCCGGCAGCGGCACAUCCCUCUUGUAUCAGUCCGGUCAAGUUCCGUCGAAGCACGUCGUAUCCCGGCAAGGGUAACAUAUAUCCACCUCAACCAGCACCAACCUUCGAGGUAACCGCCGCCGAGGAGAGGGAUCUGCUGCAGCUGCCACCGUUUCAGCAAGAUCGUAUGACGGCUAAUGGAAACUCACCGUUAGACAACAUGAGGACUUUGGAACACUAUCUGAGCGACAUUAUGCGAGCCGGCGCAGCGGACACCCCAGAACAUCUGAAAGGAUUCAUAAACUGCAACACCGCCAACACGUUGCAGUCGCUCGCGCAGCUACAUGGUAAAUCUCCGUUCUUCCCGAGUCUCGAUGAGCAAGGACUGGAGGAUCCGAAUGCGCCGAACCAGUUGGACGGUGUCGGCGUUGGCGUCGGAGUAGGCGUCGGCGUCGGCGUGGGUGGCGGGAUAACGGCGUCUCAAGCGGCGCCACUCUCGUCGCCAAGUCGGAGCAGUCCGCACAGCCAGGGCAGCGAAACCGGCGAGCGUUUCUCGAGGAAAGUCUUCGUCGGCGGAUUACCGCCUGACAUCGAUGAAGACGAGAUCACAGCCAGUUUCCGCCGCUUUGGUCCGCUUGUUGUGGAUUGGCCGCACAAGGCAGAAAGCAAAUCCUACUUCCCUCCGAAAGGUUACGCAUUUCUGCUAUUCCAGGACGAGGGUUCGGUGCAACAGUUGAUAGAUGCCUGCAUCCAAGACGAGGACAAGCUUUACCUUUGCGUGAGCUCGCCCACGAUCAAGGACAAGCCCGUGCAGAUCCGACCUUGGCGACUCAGUGACGCCGACUUUGUGCUGGACGCCUCCAUGCCGCUUGAUCCGCGAAAGACAGUCUUUGUCGGCGGGGUGCCGCGGCCGCUCAAGGCAGUCGAGCUCGCGAUGAUCAUGGAUCGGCUUUAUGGUGGUGUCUGUUAUGCUGGCAUUGACACUGAUCCUGAGCUCAAGUAUCCCAAAGGUGCCGGCAGAGUCGCCUUCAGUAAUCAGCAAAGCUACAUAGCUGCCAUCUCAGCCAGAUUCGUACAGCUGCAGCACGGCGAUAUUGACAAAAGGGUUGAAGUCAAACCAUAUGUUCUGGACGAUCAGAUGUGUGACGAAUGUCAAGGCCAGCGUUGCGGAGGCAAGUUUGCACCGUUCUUCUGCGCCAACGUCACCUGCCUACAGUACUACUGCGAGCAUUGCUGGGCAACUAUUCACUCCCGGCCAGGUCGGGAGUUCCACAAGCCGCUGGUGAAGGAGGGCGCGGAUCGGCCUCGGGCCGUGCCUUUCCGUUGGUGUUAACCCCAGCUGCGUUGUCCCUAAUUAUCUCGCAGCCCUAGCUAAUUAACUACCACCUCUACCAAUAUCUCCCCACCCUCCCCUCACGUGCCCCAACCCUCACUUCCCUCCGCCUCCCAUAUUACUUACUUACUUACUUACCUACAACAAGAACACAGCCUCAAAACUGCUAUUACUACUACUACUAUUACUACCACCACUCGAUCGUUACGUACUAUCACUACUCUAUUCUACUACCACUAUUAUUACUAUUACUACUACUACCACAACUAUUCUAUUACAAAUUAUUACUACUACUACUACUACUACUACUAUUACUACUACUACUACUACUACUACUACUACUACUACUACUCCACUGCUACUACU